AUGGCCGCCACCUCUACGUCGAGGCCGGGCCUUAUCGGAUCCAUCUUCGCCCUCGUCAUGUCGAUCUUCUCGUCCAUCUUCAACUGGAUCGUGGCCCGUUGCUACACGUCGCAAAUCGUGUUCAACUGCGCGUGGGAGGACCCCAGGCUCGACCGCGAGGCCCUCAAGCUCACCGAGGAGGACCAGGUGGUCAUCAUCACCACGGCCGGCUGCAACGUCCUGUCGCUCGCGAUUGAGGGUCCUAAGCACGUCUACAGCAUUGAUCGCAACCAUUGCCAGAACGCCCUCCUCGAGCUCAAGCUCGCCGCCAUCCGCGAGUACGACUACGCCACCUUCUGGAAGCUCUUCGGCACCGGUCGUCUGCCCAACUUCUCCAAGGUCCACUACCCGCGCCUGAGGCAGCACCUCUCGACCGCUGGUCGCGCCUUCUGGGACUCGCAUGCCCACUACUUCAACGGCACUGGCCUUCGUCCCUCCUACUUCUGGCACGGCUGCAGCGGCAUCCUCGCGUGGGUGAUGCUGGGCUACUUCCGUCUCAUCGGCGUCUACCGUCCGCUCCUGGAGCUCAUGGAGGCCAAGACCAUCGACGAGCAGAAGCACAUCUACAAGACCAAGAUCGAGAAGAGGAUGUGGAACCCCGUCAUCAUGUGGUUCCUCGAGCGCAGCUUCACCCUCGCCCUCCUCAACGGCGUGCCCGAGGCCCAGCGCGAGCUCCUCGAGAAGGAGGGAGGCUUCAAGUCGAUCGGCCUCUUCAUCAAGGACUCGAUGGAGACCAUCAUGACCAAGCUGCCCAUCCACGACAACUACUUCUACCGCGUCUACCUCACCGGUGAGUACACCAAGGACUGCUGCCCCGACUACCUCACCGAGGAGGGCUUCAAGACCCUGAAGAACGGAGCUGUCGACAAGAUCUCGAUCCACACCACCACCAUCACCGAGUUCCUGAGGGAGCACAAGAAGAAGGACAUCAGCCGCUUCGUGCUCCUCGACCACAUGGACUGGAUGGCCUCGGCUCCCAAGGCCCUGAGCGAGGAGUGGUCCGAGAUGGUCGCCCACUCGACCGACAACUGCAGGUUCCUGUGGCGAAGUGCUAGCAAGGAGGCCACCUUCGUCGGCGACACCAGCGUGACCCUGCCCAACGGUCACGAGACUGUCACUGUCAAGGACGUCCUCAAGUACGACUACCAGACCGCCAACAGGCUCCACGAGUUGGAUCGCGUCCACACCUACGCCUCGUUCUUCAUCGCCGACCUCAGCCUCUGA